AGUGACGCCCGAAGCGGUGGCGGUGGGUGGAUCCCGGAGCGGUGGGAGUUGGGCAGCGUCUCCUUUCCCCAGUCCCGGCUCGGCCUCCCCGCUCCGCCAUGUCCGCGCCCGGCAGCGGCGGCGAGUUCGGGAACCCGCUGCGCAAGUUCAAGCUGGUGUUCCUGGGCGAGCAGAGCGUUGGGAAGACAUCUCUGAUCACCAGGUUUAUGUAUGACAGUUUUGACAAUACUUAUCAGGCAACCAUUGGAAUUGAUUUCCUGUCAAAGACAAUGUAUCUAGAAGACCGCACGCAGGUUCGGCUACAGCUUUGGGACACAGCAGGCCAGGAGCGGUUCCGCAGCCUCAUUCCCAGCUACAUCCGCGACUCCACCAUUGCUGUGGUAGUCUAUGACAUUACAAAUCUGAACUCGUUCCAGCAAACCUCCAAGUGGAUUGAUGAUGUGCGAACAGAGAGAGGAAGUGAUGUCAUCAUCAUGUUGGUGGGGAAUAAAACUGACCUGGCAGACAAGAGACAGGUUUCUAUAGAGGAGGGCGAGAGAAAGGCCCAAGAACUGAAUGUGAUGUAUAUUGAAACCAGUGCUAAAGCAGGAUAUAAUAUGAAACAGCUUUUCCGCCGUGUGGCUGCUGCCUUACCUGGGAUGGACAGCACACCUGAGAAGAGCAAAGAAGACAUGAUUGACAUCAAGCUAGAGAAACCUCCUGAGCAGCCAGUAACGGAGAGCGGCUGUUCCUGCUAAAGUGCCCGUUGUAUAGCAACACUUUCCCUGAUUGGCCAGUCUCACCGAAGAGCAUCACUUCUCAUUGGCUAGGCAAACCUACUUUCUGUGAACUGAAGAAACAGCUAAUCAAUCUACUAAGUCAGCGAGCUCCCUGUUAGCUGGUGGGGAACAGCCCUGGCUGCCCCUCCUAUUGCAUGGUAUGAGCCCUGAGUGCAGAAUGAAUGUCAUGUCGUCCUCUUUUAGUAGUGCACUUUGGCACCACGGUGCCCUUUACUCCAUCCCACACCUUGGGCCUAUCUGCACAGGUGUCUUUUUCUGUGAAUGCAACAAAAAAGCUGCCACGUUAGGGAAAACAAAAAUAAAGCUGGGGGUUGGUUCUCCACCUCCCUAAUUGCCUUGCAUCUUAAUCAGUUUUCCUUCCACUCCAGUAAUUUUUUCUCUCCCAUGCACCACUUCCUUUUUUUAUUUUUUUUCCCCUUCAGAGGCUUCUCCUUUAAAACUAGUCACAAUUUGUUUUGGCCUUGCCUGUUUUGAAAGUUGGGGGUGAUCUGUUCUCCAUGUCCUGCUUCCUGCAGAGGUUGCACAGUACAGGCUUCCCAGUCCCUCCCUCCUGUGGUUGGUCUUAGCCAAUUCCUGGGUCUUCUCUUUUGAGGUUUGGGAGAAGGAACUUCCCUGCCCUCCUCACUUCCCGCAUCAGUGUGAGUGAGAGCUGAGCACUGGCCAUUCUACUCCCAAUCUGCUCUAGCACAAGCCACUGAUCUUGUUUGCUCCCUUUGUCCUGUGGUGGGUAGAAUUCCCCAGGAUCACUGGCUUCAGUUGGAUUCUUUACCCUGGGGAAUGCUGUCAGCUGCAGGGGAGGAGGUUAGAAAGACUUGCUGCAGCAUUCAGUCUCUGUGGGAGAGCCUGCCUGACUUCAUCUGUGGAUGACCUGGGCUCUAUCUGCAGGCUGCAUAUGGAAUCUAGAGUUUAUCCCUAGGAUGGCAGUAUUAGGACUGGGCAUCCCAGGUCCCAUUCUGGUUAUCUUCACCUGCAGACAUAUUCCUUUUUCUUGUGGAACAUGCACAACCUACUGUCUGCUAGCCAGACAUAGGAUACAAGCUACACAGUUACUAGUUAUGCAGAAAUGGGGCUUGCACUGCAGAAGUGACUCAAUCCAGUGCCAGCAGCUCCAACCAAUGUGGUGGAAGGGCAGCUGAGCAUCUUGUAUUCCACUAGAUUGAAUCUGGGUAACAGCAGUUUUAUUCUUUUAACUAUCUAGUGCAGGGGUCGGCAACCUUUCAGAAGUGGUGUGCCGAGUCUUCAUUUAUUCACUCUAAUUUAAGGUUUCGUGUGCUAGUAAUACAUUUUAACGUUUUUAGAAGGUCUCUUUCUAUAAGUCUAUAAUAUAUAACUAAACUAUUGUAUGUAAAGUAAAUAAGGUUUUUAAAAUAUUUAAGAAGCUUCAUUUAAAAUUAAAUUAAAAUGCAGAGCCCCCUGGACCGGAGGCCAGGACCCAGGCAGUGUGAGUGCCACUGAAAAACAGCUGACAUGCCACCUUUGGCACACAUGCCAUAGGUUGCCUACCCCUGCUCUAGUGUGUUGCCUAUGAAAUAGAACAUGGCUACCCUCAACCUUGCAGCUGCCUUUGCUGGAGAACCUCCCCAACCCUGUAUGUGGAGAAGAUGCUAGGUCAUAAUGUUCCCAACAUUGGGACAAGCAGUAGGGUGGGUUUGUUCCCACCUUCAAAGGAGGGGAAGAUGGGAUUAAAUAAAGGGAAACGUUGCUUUUUGUGGCUGCUUCUGUUCCAUUAGCUUGGGUUGAGGGAACAUUGCCUAGUGACUCUUAUGAUCAUUUUAAAGGGGAUUUUUUUAAAAGUGAUUUUUGCCUCUGUGCCCACCCACAACCCUGCUGUGAUCAGGCUUGUCCAUUGGCUGAGAGGAAUGUACAUGGAAGAAAUGGAGAAAUCCUGUUAGAUCAUCCAUUUGACCACCAUUUGACUGUGUAGUGGUGUCAGGGUACAUCCUAAAGGGAGGGUAGAAACAGUGCAGUAGAACAGGGGCUUGGAUGGGGUGCAGCGGCAUAAAUUGUAUUUCCUCUGGUAUAAUGCCUUGUUGGUCACCACUUCAGCUAUGUACUCUUUCUGUGAACCCUGUGGCCCUAUCCAGGGAGAGGAAUGAAGUAUCACUUUUACCUGGAUGAACUAACUUGAACGCUGAUAGCUGGGAUUUCCCUUUUGGGAGCACCCAAUUCAUGAUGCCAGGGCUGGCUCUUCUAGUUGUGUUUACUUAAUGGCCAUGGGAGUACCCUGCUACUGGUUGUUAAGAUAGAUACAUUUGGUAUGUGGUCAGCAUUGUCCCUUCCUCUCCAUGUGAGUUGACCUGCAGGGAGAAGCUGGGAUGUUUUGUUCUUUGUUUCUCCUUCCUAUUCUGGAGUGUUCCCUUUUUCCUACCUGAAGCCCUCAGUGGCCUAGUCUGAGUCCUUUAGAACCCAUCCCCAGGGUGAAGCCCUGUCCCAUACUAUGUAUAUACUCCCUAUUGUGUGGGAAUUGCUGAUGUUCUGUCAGUGUGUCUGUGUCUGCAGUAGAACAGGUUCCGCUCUCCCCUUCUUACAGGCAGACAUACCCUGCCACUGUGUUGUAUUGUUCUCUCAAGUCACUGGACUUUCUUUUUUGGGGGGGAAGGGGAUAGGAGGGGGAGAAUAAGUAAUCGGGAGGGAAAACCUAGUGAAAUAAAAUACUUCACUUUCCACUGCCUUCCCUAUGAAUGUGCAUAAUAGUGAGUGUGUGUCUCUGGCCCUGCUGUCUUCUAGCUGUUAGCCAAGUAAGUGUGACUAUUAAUAUGAAUAGCGACUGUCUGACCACAGCCGUGUAUCACACUAAAUAAAGUUAUUUCACCAACA